UUCUUCUUCUUUUUCUUCUUCUCCUUCUAUCUGUGCUUUCUGCAAAUUAUCAAGCUCACCAUUAAAAGUCCAUCUGCGGCACGUCUGCAUGGAGACGGUUGAAUUGAAGGUGGAGAUGGUGGGCAUUCACGAGAAAAAGCUGAGAAAAUGCUUAUCAAAAUUGAGAGGGAUAGAGAAGGUGGAAGUGGAUGCAAAUAGCCAGAAGGUGGUGGUAACAAGCUAUACACACAAAAACAAAAUACUCAAAGCAAUAAGGAGAGGGGGUUUGAAAGCUGACUUUUGGUCUGCCCAAAAUGAGCUUCUUAAUACUUAUGCAAGUGCUAGCUAUGCCAACUUGGGAUUCAAUAACUUCAACUUCUUCUAAGAGUUCUUUUCUCAGUCAAUUUGCUUCUUUUUUCCUUCUUCAACUUCUUCUAAAAGGGUAUACCAAAUGUUGUGCUCAUGUUAUGGGUUAUUAUAUUUAUAUUUUUUUUCUUUUUUUUUCUCAAAGAAA